AACAAGAACCACAAAUUUUUAUUCGUGCAAGUGCAAUAAAAAGUCUGAUUAACGAUCGUCAAUUUUGGAUUGAUGUUGAACAACUUAGAAAUAUUCUUGGCCCUGUAAAACAAGCUGUAAAAAACUUAGAAUUUCGAACUACUAUAUUAGCUGACAUAUUUGUUGAGCUUAUAAAAAUGGCAAUCGCAAUUCAGGAGACUUCUGUCUUAUAUAAUAGCCAAUUUCGGCGUGAUUGUGAUUUUCUUGAAGCUGGAAUAUAUAAGAAUUAUGUUUUUAGAAAGGCAAUAGAAAUAUGGAAGCAAAUAGGUGGAGGUGAUAUAA